CGGUUUAAAAAUGGCUCGGUCUCUCCCACGGUCUUUUCUCUGCAUCUCCCGCGGACCAGAGGAGACGAUGCCCAAUUAGAGGAGGAAGAAGAAGACGAAGGGAUUGAAGAGAAGGGGUAUAUAGAAGAGGGAAGGAGGAAAGAGGGAGAAGAGGAGACAGGAGGGAAGAGGGUAUGGUGUUCAACGCGGGGUGGGUGACGGCGGUAGCGAGGGCCUCGGCGGAGGCCUGCCAAUAUGUGGCCUGCAACCCGGAGCGGCUGAGCAGCGAGGAGGUGCUCGACCUCCUCUGCUGCCUCCCCCUCCGCCACCUCCGCCGCCUCGCCAUCUGCGUCUUCUCCUUCUUCUGCAUCCCCCCUUCCCUCCCCGACGAACCCCGCAACCGCGGCCGCCGCUACACCUACCGCUAUUCCCUCUCCUCGUCCUCCGCUUCUUCCUCCUCCUCGGACGAAUACGAUUCCGCUGGUGGUGGCUACGACUCGCAUUCUGAUUGAUCAAUCGAUUCCGGUGGAUCUCCUCCCUCUGUACAGUAAUUAUUCCUCUUUCGCCUCCCUUCCGAGUAAUUAAUUGGUGGCCUUGUCCGGGGGAUGUGAUCGGUACCACAAUGAUUCCUGUUUGGAUUGGCAAAUACUGUUUGUCUUAUCAUCAUAUGAUGUUUCGGGUGACCUUGUUGUAGUGAUAGUUAACUUAUCUGCUGGGUGUUGAAUCUUGUUGUUUUCCAAUUGAAUUCUGGUUUGGCUAGCCAUUGUGCCUAACUACUCUUGUCUCUGUGUUAGUUAUGUUUGAUGUGUUAGUUAUUUUUUAAUCCUGGAAGUUAGUGCCAUUGAAAACCAAUAAGAAUUCUCUUUUCCAUCUUGAUAAA